AUGUCCAAGUCCUCCUUGUCUUCUGUGGUAUCCAAUCUGGUGCGCGCAUCAAUGGGAGCGUCGGUGUCAGGCACAGUGACCGACGAAGACCUUGACCGGCAUGUCGCCGAGCUCAUCCUCAAAGAAGCAAAGCAGAAGGCGGAACGAUACAGCAAGGACGGGAUCCGAGCGUAUCUUCCCAGCGUGUCGGACGCCAACGUCCCGAGAGCGAACAAACGCUUCUUGUCGUCCAUCAUACGAAGCACGGAUGACCACAACAAGACUAUCCUGCGUGCACAAGCCUUGGCGGCACAAGAGGUCAGGAUGGAACGAGAAGAACAGGAGCGGCGCGAACGGCGCGCUCGUGCGGAGGAGGCAGUGGCGGCGGAACGUAUGAGGAGGCUGAUGGGCGGUGGCGGGAUGGAGUGGGCGCACAAUUGGGAUUAUGGAGAAGGGCAUCGUCACAGGAAACGACGUGAGAGGAGUGAGGGUCGGCAGGACAAAUAUGACAGCGGGGAUGAAAGCGAGUCCACGGACCGGGAAAGGAGGCUAGACAGGCGAGAGCGGCACCAUCAUCAUCGGACAAGGUCUACAGAUAGACAUCGGCACAGGAAGGAGGAGCAGGCAUCAAGACACAGCAGAAGACAUUCGCGUUCUGCCGACGAGGACGACGAUCACGAACGGAGACGGGCCAGGCGGGAUAGGCACACGAGCCACCCACUGGACGACAAAGACAGAGAUAGGCAUCGUCGUAAACGCCGCAGAUAUAGCCCUGAUCAUUCUCAUGGAAGAAAUCGUUCUAGCAGGUCACCUUCGGACAGAGCGCGUUCUCGUUCUCAGACGUCAGACACUCCCCCUACUCAGUCUCAUAGACACAGGGGUCGGCGUUCACCCUCACUCUCUCAUAGUCGGGACGAUAGGCGUGACGAUGACAACUCUCGACCUCCCCGUUCCACAGAAGGGGAGUCAGAAAUGGAUAUUUUAUCACGGGAGGACCAGCUGCGUCUGCAGCUCAAACGCAAGCGCAAAGGCAAGGCGAGAGAAUACUCAGAAACUCGUUCGAGCCCGAGUCCCAAUCCUCGCAGCCGUUCUCGUAGCCGUCCCAGAGAGCAUUCCAGAUUACAAUCACCAUGCCGAGAGCCAUCCAAGCCCGGAUCGUCUUCCUCGCACACUCUUCGCUCAUCCCGCAGUCCCUCUAGCUCACCGCCAGCAUCACCCUCCAUCGCCGCCGCCCAGCUCCCGUCCAAGAUGGACAAGUACUUCCAGUCCUCGUACGACCCGCGCCUGGACGUUGCACCGCUUACUAUGCCCGCAGUGCCAAAGACUGGUCUGAUUAACGACGCAGAGUUCGCGGGGUGGGAUGCGAUGCUCGAGCUCAUCCGCCAGCGGAGGGAGGACAAGGAGGAGAAGAAGCGGCUCGAGCGAUGGGGCGUGAGCAAGGACAAAGGCAAGGACAAGAAGAAGAGCGGCGAUACCGCCGACGGCCGGUGGUCCGAGGGUGGGCUCAAUAUCAUGGACAUCGAGUAUAAGAAGAGAGGGUCUGUGCGGGAGUGGGAUCUAGGCAAGGAGGGUUUCUGA